AUGAAGAAACCGCACGAUCACACAGGCUUCCAGUUGUUCGAAGCCAUCCGAGACUCCUUUGCGAAAGCCAAGCGAAUCCGGUCGCAUCAGAGCAGUGGUCAUAUUGCAGGCGAGGAGACUAGCCACAGCCUCAUCGGGAUGGAGUCGCCAAGUAAACUGUCGGCUUUUGGGCAGCUUGUUGGCCACCCAGCCUACGAAACGAAACGUAGUCAACAAACGCAUAACACACUGAAUAUCGUUCCAUCCGAAACAUGA